AUGAGUUCCGACUACCACCGGGAAGGCUACCAUAAGCUAGCAGAGAUGAUGGGACAGAGUAAUGACUUGGCUAUCUUCCGGAAAUUUGGCGAUCUCAAUGUACUCAGCCUGAUGAGUUAUCAAGCUGAAUUGAUUGAGCUUCGCGAUGAAUUCUACUCCAUCUGCAAAGAUGACUUCAAGAGUGGAAAGGAUUUCGCGCUCGACUUCCAAAGCUUAUUCAGCUCUAGAGCCUCCACGAAUGAUUUUCAGUACACUAAACUGAUGGAGAUUCGAGCAAAGAUACACGAGUACAUUGCCAACAUAUCGAAGCUUGAAUCCCCACCCACCGCUAAUCUCAAAUGCCUCCAAGAAUGGCUCCGAGACUCCCAAGGUGGGAAGAACUUCCUCAAAGGUAGUGAGGCGUUCACAUGGCAUUCACAACACAAGCGAGAUUUGGUCGGCUUCGGCAUCCCCCUACCCGACCAAGACAUGUUCACAGAAUGGAUUGCAUCGGGUCCAGUUUCCUUAUAUCAUCGCAUUUUGGGACACAAGCGGAAAAGAGCAAGCGAGCGAGUCGUCGACGAGGAAACUGGACUGAUCGAUUACGGCAAAAGACGACUCAAUAAAGCUACAAAGGUGAUCUCAACGACGAUCGCGUCGACCAUACCCAUGCUCAUUAUCUUGGGGUUGUAUUUUGAAAAGGAUCUUUUGAAGAGAAUUUAUAUCUCGAUUGGCAUUUCCGCCGUAUUUGCGGCGGUACUCUCAAUGUUUACUGACGCCCGCCGAAUCGAGGUAUUUGCAGCUACCAUUGCCCUCGCCGCUGUGGAGGCCGUUUUCAUUGGUAGUGCGGAUAGCAAGGAUUGA